ACAUUGUUGUUUCAUCUUAUUUAAAAGAGGGGGGCUGGGGAUUUAGAAGGAGUUAACACAGAGUAUGGUUUCAUAUUGAAUCCCUGAACACUUUGGAGACCCCUAGCCAGGUUAAUUCUGCCUCGGGGUUUCAUUUGCUGUGCCACCCCAGUGCGCCUGACGCGGGGCUGAGGCGAGGUCUGACUGCAGGUUCUGCAGGAGCACAAAAAUAAAGACGCUGUAUGCUUUCAAAGAAUGCCAUCCACCCUUUUCAGCUAUCGAAUCUUCACAAAAUGACGCAUGCGAACACCAAUGUCUGGACCUUCGACCUCAGUUCAUUCAUGGUCCUUCUGAGUGAAGAUGAAGAGCUGAAUUAUCGGCUAAUGCGACGGUCGAUUUAUGAAAUUCUAUGUACUGCGCCUGCUGCUGGACUGCAAAGCUAUUUGCGGAGCUAUAGCGUGGCCAUAGAGAAGGUUGGACCGAUAUAUAUAAGCCAGUUGGGAAGGAAGAGUGCCCCGUUACGAAAUCUUCGUCUUGCGAAUACGAUAGCCUCCUAUAAUCUUCUUUGCGACUCCAGAUAUUCCGUCUAUCAGAUUCCCGCCUUACAGGACACUAGAAAUAAUCUGAAAGACAUUCGGUCUCUCUCUUGGAUGCUUGCCACUUGGAUUAUUACAGCGGCGAUAAUAACAUUAUUGGCAAUCCUGCCAGACACUUCAUGGGUUGGCAUUGUGAACUGUGCAGUAUUACCCGGGUGGUCAAUCGCCCUGCGUAUUAUCGAGAGCCAAUGCAUAUACAUCGCCACAAGCUCUCCUUCGCAGCCCGACUGCCUAGAUUCGGUGAUUAUAAUUGGUCGACGAAACUCGUGCUUGAUUCUUGAGGGAAGUCGCCAAGAUAUCAGCCGUUGGACAGGGCUUGGCGUCGAGGUCAAAGACAGUGUUUCUUCAAAGUUUACCGAGUAUUUUACUCGUAUCACAACCCUUCUGAUCUUGGUGUUUGUUUUCGUCUCUAUUCCAAACGGCACGCUGCAUGACCAAGUGUCAUUUAUUGCAAUGAACAUCCUCGGUCAAGCCAACGUUAAAAUUGGCAAAUACCUCAACGCAAAAUCCUGCUUAGGAUCCCUUUCAAAGAUUACCAGCACGAAUGUUCCCAGCCGUACCCACGUUUACGGUCUGCUGCUUCGGCGCUUCGGGAACGGAGACUGGGUAGAUGAAGUCGGACUGCUGCCAAAUACUGCUAUUUGGAAGGAUUGGCGUAAGCUAGUCAUUGCUAGUCAAUCAGAUUCGAAAGAGUUGUAUGAAAAGAUAGUUCAAGAACAUUCUAAGCCCAAGGAAAACCUCGAAAUUCUUGUUCAUCCCGAGACCCGAUGACUGGAUGAGUACCUUGGUCCGAAAUCUCAAAAGCUUCUGUUAGGCUCCUAUCGAUAGCAGCGCUGUCGCCCCAAGUGGCGGUUCCGUUCCUGCUCAAAGAGGAAGAGCUAGCGUUGGAACAUUUAUCUUGAUUUUGGGACGGAUAGAGAAAGUGAGUCUGCUUCGAGUGUUGGCUCGCUGAGGGAAACAUCACGGAGAAAAUCUAGAAUCAGGAUGAAAGUUGAAAAUGUGCGAUUUUGCUUGUUAAAUAUCGAAGAAGGCACAGAUUGAAGAUUGAGGAAACCGCUGUGUUGAUUGAGUUGUGGUUUGGGUGUUCUCCGUAGCAUUGAAGAAGGAUGUCGGAUUGAAGUAUUCAAAAAGACUCAUGGUUUAUUUUAGGGCAACCGCCAUUUUAAAUACAUGGGACGAUUCACCUUUGACCAGGCUAGCCCAAGACAGCAG